UGGUCGCCUGCAAAUUGCCCAGCACACAUUGUUUUGUUGUUGUGGUGAGCGGUUGGUAAACUUGUACGCAAGUUCGCAAGUUCGCUUUUGUAACGUUGAUGACGGCGGUGAAAAGCAACGUUUGGCUUAAACUUUUUCGCAUUAAAGUUUUGUAACGUGUUUGAGCGGAAAGUCGCGCUUGAAAGCAAAGAAAGCAUCCAAUAAAUAAUUGCAAUACGCAUAAAUUAAAAAAAAAUCAACCAUUUAAUUCAAAACUGUGUUUUGUGCGUGUGUGUGCUCAACGUAAAAAGAACAACAUUUUGUUGUUGUGUGCUGCACAAAGCUGCAGUGUUUAUUGGUCGAGUGUGCGAUUUUUAUUGCGAGAGCUCGGGAAAUUUGUGUAAAUCGAUUCAUAUAGGAGAAAAUUGUAGAGAAAGGAUUUGAAGUAAAAAAUAUACAAAUCGUGAAAUUCUUUCUCUGAAAAAGUAGCAAGUGAAAAAUAUAUAAGUACAACUAUAUUUUGUGCAAAUUGGAAAAAAAUAUAAACCAAAAAGUUAUGGUUCAAGUGAUAUAGUGAAGUAAAAGAAACACAAAUUGCUCAUUGUGUGUUGCUUAUGGUGUUGCUACAAUUGCGACGCAUCGUGUUGUUUUCGCUGCCAACAACUUUUAAUUCUCUACACUAAAUGAAAAAUCGCCUUUUGGCUGGUAAAUAUCUGAAGAGGUGAGAUAAGCAAGAAAACACAAAAAAGUAACAAAAUAUCGUGAAAAAAAUCAGCUAAUGGGUAGAUGAAAAUCGCUGGUGUACAACUGUGUGGGCAUGAAAAGAUAGAAAUAUUUGUAUAUGCCACAAGAAAAUUGAUUGCCAAUUGCUAAAGCAAAACAAAGUUCAUUAUAAUAUUUGUAUGAUUUUAUGUAUAUUUUUUGAGGUGUGUGUGAAAACUUAUCAAAAUAAAUUGGUGUUGCUAAAUGUUGUUCCUGUGGGAAAAAUCAAAUAAUAACAAAUCGUGCAGUGAAUUUGUUUAGAGCGAAAUAAGUUAAUAACAGCGUGAUAAAAAUACAAAAAUAGAAAAAAAAAACGAAAAUUUAAAAACGCACAUUUGCUGAAAUUUUCCUUUGGCGGUACAGUAGCAGUGAUAAUGUCGACCACUUCGUCUAUUGAUACACCCACAUCACCGAGUGCGCCAUUGCCAUCCCAUCAAUCACACCAUAACCACCACCACCACCGGCAUCAACAUCAACCUCAACAACAUCAAUAUCAACAACAUCAACAUCAGCAUCAGCACCAUCCGCAUCAGCAUACGACCACAGCAAUUGUUGUCAGCGCUGGCGCUGGCUCCGGCUCCGGCCAUCAUCACACCAAUUCGGCCAAUAAUUUCACUCACUUCAGCCGUCAUCGCACCCACUCGUCCUCAUCUUCAUCGAAUAAUUCUUUUACUGGCGGCGUCACUGGCGGUGUUACCUCCAUGAAGUCUGGCACAGCAGUUGGUAACACCAAUAAUGGCAACGGUAACGGCAAUGGCAACGGCAACGGCAACUCUAAUGGCAAUGGCAACGGCAACGGUAAUAACUAUAAACCAAAUAACAGCAAUGACGGCAGUAGCUCCAGUGGUAACGGAUGUGGCGGUGGCAAUGCGGGCAAUAUGCACAAUCAGUCGACACACUCACUACUGACCCCGUCAUCGUCGACAUCCUCGUCACCUUCAGUAUCGGCCUCGGCCUCCACUUCGGCUGCUGUGCAUCACUCACAUCCGUACCAACAACAACAACAACAACAGCAUCCCUCGUUGCAGCAGCAGCAACAACAACAGCAACAAUACACUUCGUAUUCACAACGCGGCGUUGCAAGGCCAUCAACGUCAUUCUCAACCCCUGACGGCACUGUAACCGCUGUGGCCGUCACGACCAUCUCCACGAACACACCGGGCAGCAUGAAGCGCCAUCACACCGACGUAUCGGUGUGCUCGUCCGGUUCAUCGUCGUCUUGCUGCUCUAGCACCGGUUCGGUUUCGGCAGUCGGCGUUAUGGGCGCCACUGGCUCUACAGUGAAUGCUGCCAUCGUAACUACACCAUCUGUGGUAAGCAGCAAUGGCGGUGCGGUGAUUACGCAGAAAUUGAGCAGGACAAUUCCAUCAGAUAAGAUAAAUUUACGUUUAAUACUCGUUAGUGGCAAAACAAAAGAAUUCCUAUUUAAUCCAUCAGAUUCUGCUGGUGAUAUCGCACAAACAGUAUUCGAUAAUUGGCCUGAAGAUUGGGAGCGUGAAGCCGUCUCCAAGGCCGAAAUAUUACGUCUCAUAUAUCAAGGUAGAUUUCUACAUUGCAAUGUAACUUUAGGCGCACUGGGACUUCCGCUGGGCAAAACGACUGUUAUGCAUUUAGUGCCGCGUGAUAAUUUGCCAGAACCCAAUUCGCAAGAUCAAAGGCAGAAAAGUAAAGGUGGUUCCAGUAGAUGCUGUUCAACGACAUGCUGUAUUUUGUAACUAAAUUAGCUCAUAGUAAUUAAAUUAAUUUAAAUAUAUAUAUAUUAUAAUAAUUAUAAUACAUACAUACAUACAAAAAUCCAAAAAAAAAAAAACAGAAACGGAAGAAAGAUAUAUUUUCUAAUAAAUGAAAUAAAUAUAACACAAAUAACCGAGCAUAGUUUUAAAUCAAAACUAAAUAAUAAACUUAACUAAAAUAAAAUUAAUAUAAAAGCGAAGAUGUGAAUUUAGUGGACAGUUUCCAAAUGUGAAGCUUGUGCAAACGAGAAACGUAGCUGGCAAAUUUUUAAAACAAUAGUGAAAAUUAAUAAAAAAAAUUAUAUAUAUCUAAAAUUUACUGAGAAAACUGAAAAUCGGAGCACGACUCAAAAAUAAAAAUGAAAACCAAAAGAUAAUAAUUAAAAAAAAAAACAAAAAGGAAAAACAACAACAAAUUAUAAGCAACAGUUAUGUAAGUGGGUAGAUACGAGUAAGUGUAGGAUGCUAAGGGAACUUAGAGGUUUACAGUUGCCGACCGGUGAACUCCUCGUGCGGAACGGUUAUAAUAUUUAUAUGAUAACACAAUAUUAUAUACUAACUUAUAAUAUUUAAACACUUCUAUUUAUGUAUGUAUGACAUGUAAUUGUAGAUAUAAUAUUUAUAUUAAUAAAAGUAGUGAAUUACAUAGAGAGCCGAGAGCAGAGUUUAAGAUAAGCGAUGAAGAAGAAUGCGCAAGCAAUUUUAAAGUAACAAAAUGUAACGGGGCAUAUGGUAAACGGUAAAUGCAAAUUUACAAAUGUCCAAAUGCUAACUGCUGAAUAACGGUGUUGUGUGACAGUUGAAGAAGUGGAAAGUAGGUGGUGAAGAAUGCUAGGAGGGGUGGAGAGGGGAGUAAAGGUGGCGUGUUGAGGUGAAAUUGAAUUUAGAUAUUGCGUUAUUCCUUCCAUUUUCAUUCAGUUGUUAUUGUAAAGUGUUUGCUAGCUAAAUUUUACUUUAAAUUUACAUUUAAAACAUAUAUAAAUAUAUAUCUACGAUUUACCGUUACAAUCGAGCUGUAUGUGAUUGAUGAUUGUUUGAUUGAUUGUCUGCUUUAUAAUGCUAUGCCGCUGCGCAACAAAAGCGUGAGAUGCAAAUUUUAAAAUAAAAGGAAAAAUAACAAAAAAUAAAAUAAAAAAAAAAAACGGAAACACAACAGCGGUCAAUAGUAAAUGCGAAAAGGGAUUAUAAAAAAUGCAGAAUGUGUAAUAAAAGGCAAAUGAGAAGCAUGAAAACCGUUAUGUAUGUAUUUAGUAUAGAAUUUGCGCUGGCAACUGUUUUGUGUAGCUGAUUUAUAUAAAUAUAUAUUAUAUGUAUGUAUGUAAUUAAAAGUGUUAUUUGUAAAUUCUGUUAAAUCGACGUUUUUUCGGAUGCAAAAACAACAACAAAAAAUGAAACAAAAAAGCAACACUAAAGCAAUUCUCGCAGCAUGUCUUUCACAUAUACACAUACAUACAUACAAAAACAUGCACACGGUUGGGUGUACAUACAUAUGUAUGGGUGUCAUAUGCAAAGAAAUUAUUAAACAAAUUAAAAUAUUACAACUAAAAAAACAAAAAAUAAUAAUAAUAAAAUAUUAUAGAAAUACAAAGCAUACUAGCCACGGGUAAUAAAAUGCAGCCGCGUCAAACAACAAAAAAACGUUAUGUAACAAAAAAAAAAAUAUGGCACACACAUACACACAAUGGAAAAUUUACAAUAUGAUGCAUAAAACACAACAAUGCUCUAUAUAUGUACAUAUGUAUGUGUUUUGCAUUAUAAAAAAUCAGGAACUUACCAAACAGUAAAAUAAAAGCGUAAAACAAAAACAAUAAAACAAACUGCAUUAUUAAAAACAAUAAAGCAAAAUGUAUAAUUAAAAACAAUUGAACAAAAUUAUAUAUAUUAUAUUACAAAUCAAAUAAACAAUAGUCAAAAAUGCUAAUUUAGUGUUCAUUGCCGUGUUUAUAGUUACCAACAUCAAAAUAAUUUUUAUGAAAAAACAAAACAAGCCUAAAAGAUUGCAUACAAACAGAAAAACUAACAGUUAUGUAGAAAACUUGUAAAAAAAAAAAUUUGAAAAAAUUUUAUUAUUAAUUUAAAAAAGUAUUUUUUGUCUAAUUAAUUUCGCCCUGCUAACUUAAUAAUUUAAAAUAACAAAAAAGCUUUUGUUCUUACAAAUACUAUAACUUCUUUGAGAGUUUGCUUGCCCAUUAGUAUCUUGCUGAAUAUUAAGGGCUUACAUGGGUUUACGGGUUUCAAAAGAUCGAUUUUUUCAUUGUCUUAUUAAAUUCUACAACAUCUCUAGAAUAUUGUAUUGUUUUCUAGUUGAUGGCCAAGUUUAAAAUAUUUUUUUCAAACAAAUUCAGUGAACCAAUAAAAAAUUCUAAUAAAAUACUUAAUUUUCUUAUUAAAAAAAAUAUGAAAAAUGCUGUUUUUAUCCCAGGAAGCCUAUGUAACCCCUUAACUACGCAUCAAUUUCCAUUUUUUUUUUCUAGUUAUAUCGAUAGGCUUUAAUUUUCGAGCUUGAAAUUAUCCAUCAAAAUCAGAAGUAUCAUAAAAGUCAUUUCAAUCUCGACGAAAAUUUACUAAAGAAGGCGAAAGAAGAAGAAGUUAUUUCAACAAAAAUUUAUAUGUAUAUUAGGGUACAACAACAAAAAAUUUAUUUAUUUAUUAAACCUAUCCCCGAAAAUGUCUCUAUUUGAUGUAAAAAAGACCAGUAUCGCUCAGCUCUAAAGGAUCGGGUUUAGUUUCUCAUAUAAUUAACUUAGGAAAGAUAACGCAAGUUUUUAAAAAGGUUUUUAUUAUAUU